AUGACACUUGUUUACAAACGACAAUAUUUAAUACUACAUUUUUUCGUUGGUUUAUUACUUAUUGGAUUAGAAUAUAUCUGGCGACGAAUGGCCUAUAAUAACUCGACUAUUACCAUUCACAGUUGUCCACAAACAUUUUUAUUUGAAUUUAAACAUCCGGACUCAUCAUCCACAAUCACAUCAAUGACUGGUACAACAAAUUGGUGGUGGCACCAUUUCUAUCAUCUUUUUGAACCAUUUUAUAGUUCAUCGAUAUCAACAGUCGAUAGAACAAUAAUUAAAGAAAAUAUUUCAAGAGAAUGUUAUCAUAAACAAAUUAAACUUGAUUUAACAACUUUAUUUACGUGUUUACGUUAUUUAUGGUUAACCAUUGGUUUAUUCUAUUUCAUCGUUAUGAUUGAUUCAAAUAAACGUAGUAUUUUGAGAGCAGUAUCCGCAACAUCAACAUCUAAACAACAACAAACAAUGUACGCAGAAGGCUCUAAACUAACAGCAAAAAUGUGA